AUGGCGACUAAGCGUAAAGGCUCAAUCACCGAACUCGCGAAACCCGCGCCGGGGCCAAAACGAGCGAAGCCUGAUGUCUCGAGCGACGAGGAUGACGAUGACCUCGAAGAGGAAGUUCCAGAUGAGGAAGAACAGGGAGCUAUCUCUCGUGUCCUGGACAAGUUCUCCUUCACUGGCGCUCGCGAACGGUCAGAGGUGCCGACGAGUGAUACGGUAUCACGCCUCUUUAAACGUGAUGAAUUGAGCUUCUUAAAGAUGAAACCGGACCAUGAGAGCCGACCGAUGUGGAUCAAUCCACGAAACGGAAAGAUUAUCCUUGAGAGCUUCUCGCCGUUGGCUCCCGCUGCCCAGGAUUUUCUGACCGCCAUCGCUGAACCGCUUUCGCGCCCCACGUAUCUUCACGAAUAUCGAAUUACGCCACACUCGCUCUAUGCUGCUGUCUCUGUUGGGCUUGACCCUAAGGAUAUAGUUGCCGUCCUUGAUCGUUUCUCCAAAAUCCCUAUUCCCGAUGAAAUCGUCCAAUUCAUCAAUGGCUGUACCGGGUCAUAUGGAAAGGUUAAGCUUGUCCUAAAGCAUAAUCGGUACUUUCUGGAAUCAUCAGACAUGAAGAUGCUUCAGAUUCUAUUAAGGGACCAAGUCAUCAGUGAACAAAGAGUAUUCACUGAUGUUGGCGACGGCGAUGGUAUAACGAAAGAAAGUGCUCCGAAAAUGGGGGCACUCGUAAUUCCAGGUACCAAGAUCGCAGCCGGAGUUGCACAAGGACAACAAGUUGUGCAGCCCAAUGGAGGAGAGAACGAGGAACAAAAGCCCGAGACUGCUGAAGAACUUUUUGCUUCCGUCACUGCUCUUAAGGAGGGCGAGGAAGACGACGACGACGAUGAGGAAGCCGAGGCGGUUCAUUCGUUCGAAGUUUGUGCCGAAGGUGUUGAAAAGGUACAAAAGCAAUGUCUGACACUCGGGUACCCUCUACUCGAAGAAUAUGAUUUCAGAAAUGACUCCCGAAAUGCAAACCUUGAUAUGGAUUUAAGGCCGCAAGCUCAAAUUAGACACUAUCAGGAGAAGAGUCUGAGUAAAAUGUUUGGUAACGGAAGAGCGAAGAGCGGCAUCAUUGUUUUGCCUUGCGGCGCGGGUAAGACGUUGGUGGGGAUUACGGCGGCAUGUACGAUUAAGAAGAGUGUGGUGGUUUUAUGCACAUCCUCUAUGUCUGUCGUCCAGUGGAGAAAUGAAUUUUUGAAAUGGAGCACAAUCAACCCUGAUCAGAUCGCCAUUUUCACGGCUGAAAACAAAGAACGGUUCCGAGGAGAUGCUGGUAUUAUUGUCACCACAUACUCCAUGGUGACGAACUCUCGGACACGCUCUCAUGACUCUCAGAAGAUGAUGGAUUUCCUGAUGGGCAGAGAAUGGGGUCUCCUCCUUCUCGAUGAGGUGCAUGUCGUCCCCGCCAACAUUUUCCGAAAAGUCAUCCAUUCUAUCGCAACUCAUGCAAAACUCGGACUUACAGCCACUUUACUCCGUGAAGACGACAAGAUCCAGGAUCUAAACUUUUUGAUUGGGCCAAAACUCUACGAAGCCAAUUGGAUGGAACUCUCGGAACAGGGACAUAUUGCAAGGGUUCAGUGCGCCGAGGUUUGGUGCCCAAUGACGACGGAGUUUUAUCAAGAAUACCUCAACGAAACCCCGAGAAAACGUGCCCUCUUCUACAUCAUGAACCCUAGGAAAUUUCAGGCUUGUCAAUUCCUUAUCGACUAUCAUGAAAAACGUGGAGAUAAGGUCAUCGUCUUUUCCGACAACGUUUUUGCUCUUGCGGCUUAUGCCCGCAAACUCAAUAAACCCUAUAUUUACGGCGGGACCCCACAGCAAGAACGUCUCAAGAUUCUUCAAAACUUCCAGCGUAACGAACUCAUCAACACAGUUUUCCUUUCGAAAAUUGGAGACACCAGUCUCGAUCUCCCCGAAGCGACGUGUUUGAUUCAAGUUUCAUCUCACUACGGUUCUCGAAGACAGGAAGCACAGCGCCUUGGUAGAAUUUUGAGAGCUAAGAGAAGAAACGAUGAAGGAUUCAAUGCAUUCUUCUACUCUUUAGUGAGCAAGGAUACCGCUGAAAUGUACUAUUCAUCGAAACGACAGGCAUUUUUGGUCGACCAAGGGUAUGCAUUCAAGGUUAUUACGCACCUUCAGGGAAUAGAAAAUCUCCCAGGCCUGGCGUAUGCCACACCGGCGGAAAGAAGGGAGUUGCUUCAAUCCGUACUCUUGGAAAACAGCCAGAACGCGGAUGUCAAUUCUAUAGAAAAAGAGACUGAUGGCGGUUUCUUCGAUCGUACGCGUGGAGACUAUAAGCGGUCUGGCCCGUUGGUCAAGCGAAACAAUGCUAAACUCUCUGGCCUUUCGGGUGGCGAUACUAUGGCGUAUAUGGAGCAAAACGCUAGUGCGAAUAGGAGGAUGAAGGUUCCACCCGGCCAACAGAAUAAGUUUAUGAGGAAAUUGAAGAGCGACGCGGUUAAAAAAGCUCGAGGCUAG